UCCAUGAAACACGGCGCUCUGCCUCCCCUUCAGUUGCGUCCUAACGGCAGAUGGGAGCGCAGAAACAACGCAUGUAGCUUCACUGUCAUAUCAUUGAUGUUUCCAAAUAUCCGCAGCAGCUCGUGCAGCUAGAUUGUGGUCGAUUUCGGACGUGCAAGCGACGCAACUCCUGCUUGGAAUCAAAUUUUCUUUUGUCUGCGCAACUGGCAUCAACAUUUUUUUUCUGAUGUGUGAUCAGGGAUCGGGAAGUAAACACGCUGGCCUGCGCACAUGAUUAGAGGCGAGGUGCGAUUGAUACCUCAGACUCAGAUUGUCCUUGAUCGCAAGUUGAUUUUACUUCGGAGCAGAGGAACUGUGGGCUCCAAUGGCGUCAAUUUCGAAGGUGUCUAUUCUGGAUUACUUUAAUAUUGUGUUUGAAGGUGAAAAUGGCAAAAUCGAGUCCAACUGCAAGGCUUGUGGUACAAGGAUCCAGGCGAAGCGGAGUGUCACGUCCAACUUCGUAACGCAUCUCAAGCGGAAGCACCAGGCGAUGUAUGAUGACUUUGUGAAAAGAAAGGAUAUGAAGAGAGAGGGUUACUCCUCUGGUUCCCUGCAUAGUUUCACCACAAAUGGAGGGAAUGGCCGCUAUACUGUCCCCAUCAGCACUCGAGUGGGAGGAGGAGGAGGAGGUGUUGGAGGAAUCGGAACUCUUGAGGGAGGAGCAGGAGGAGGCUCUGGAGCAGGAGGGGUGACCAAGUUUGACAGACAUGACCCACGUCAGGUUCUGAUCUCUGAGGCUAUAGCUAAAAUGAUUGUGCGUGAUCUGCAGCCAGUGUCCAUCGUGGAAAAUCAAGGCUUCAGAGAGCUGCUUCAGCUCCUGGAGCCACGUUACACCCCUGAGCCCCAGCACUACAUCCAGAGCCAGCUCCUCCCAGCCUAUGCCUACCAGGCCCAGCUCGCAACCCGGCAGGCCCUGACCUCAGCGCAUGCUCUCAGUCUCAGCCUGGAUCUCUGGAGGGGUUUAACUGGAGCCACUUCAGGGUACCUUGGUGUCACUUGCCAUUUUCUCACAUCUGAUUGGCAGAUGCGUUCAGCUCUCCUUGCAUGCCUUCCCCUGACUGGAGGCAGCUCUGGGAGCCGUGUGCUUUCAGAUUUUGAUGAAGUAUGUCACUCCCAUGGCGUGUCAGGCAGAGCAUUUCGUGUGGUUGCGGACCCUUUCCUGGCAACAACAACAGCAACAGUAAAGCCAUGUUAUCUUCCUGGUUUCCUGGUUUCACCUUCUCUGGCUAACGGGCAAGACGAAGUUGAUGGAGAAGAGGCAGACAAUGGUAACAAUGUGGAGGAAGGGAUCAGGAAUGGCCAUGGUGAUGGAGGAGAAGAAGGGGAGUGGGAGGACUCAUGGGAGCAGGGUCUGGGUGUUUGUCGAGUGGACUGUUUUUCUCGCUCUCUUGAACAGUGCAUCAGAGAGGGGUUACACUACUGUCCACAGGUCACCUCCACACUGGCCAAGGCUGCUUGUUUCUAUAACUACAUUACCUCUGCUGUCCCACCUGAGAAACUAAGCCAGGUGUUUGAUGGUCCUGGGUUGAGCAUGGGGGGUCCAGGAAGUACCCCUCCUGCAGCAAGAGACUGGGCUUCUCAGCUUAAGGUGCUUCGGCGGCUUCUGGACUCUGUGGAGUUUCUGGAGGAGGUGAGUGGUCCAGGGGAGCUGGCACUGGGUGGUUCAGAGAGAGCCCUGCUGAGAGAGCUUACUGAGACAUUGGAGCCCUUCACUGAGGCCUGGGACAUGGUACAAGGGGACAGACAGGCAGACAUACAGACAGACAGACAUGUGUCCAUCAGCCUUGCUCUGCCAUGUGUUCUCGGCCUUCGUAAGCAUCUCUCUGAGACGUCAACUCCUCACUGCCCCUCUCUCCUGGUGGGCCUCAGCCAGGCUGUAGAGCGUCGGCUGGCCCCUGUCCUAGAGGACCCUCUCUACAUCACUGCCACCACCCUGGACCCGCAAUUCAAACUCACGUGGAGCAGCAACCCUGACUGGCACAGACAAGUUCUCAUAGAGGAGUUGUCCAAACAUUCCACAGCCUCCAGCCCCGUAAACCCCAACACAGACCUACAUCCUCAAUCCCAGACCCCUCCUGCCCCAGCUCCAUCGCCAGUCUCCUCGCUCUCUCGGCCCUGUAAGCUGUUCUCUUUCAUCAAGCAGAGACCCACAACACAGGCCAAGAGCCUAGAGCAGGAGCUGGCCGUCUACCUGCGAGAGGAGCCCACAGAGGAGGAGGCUUUGCAUUACUGGCGGCGUAAAGCGAUUGACUUUCCUUUGCUAGCCCAGGUGGCCAAGAGGGCAUUUACCAUACCUGCUUGUGGCACUGUAGUCGAGAGCAUUUUUACUGCUGCUGGGCACUGUCUGCGGCCAGAGAGAGGCCGCGUCUUACCAAAGAACCUGGAAACACUCAUCUACCUCAAAGCAAACUACAGAUUAUUAUGGACUUAAAGCAGUCAGGCAUUUCUUUUACCCAAAAAACAACUGAAGGCUUUAUACCUCCAGCAGAGUUACUUCUUGGAUACUAACCCCCGUUCCUCUCUAAGGAUACUGAGCUAGCAGCAUAACAUAGUCCUCAUCAUUUACCCAAAAUGACCAGACUGCAGUAGGUGUGGAUUACUGCCUGUUUACCGUGUAGCCUGCAUACAGACUAUCAUACCACAUGCUGCGGACCAAGGGGACUAGAAGCAGAUCAAUAGUAAAGCAUUUACUUUGACAUGAUUUUGUCUGGACAAGGUCUUAAGACAACCACAAGACUGCAAAGCCCCAACACUCAAUCCUCUGAACCCUAAACACAGCUUGUAUCUGUGAACUGACAAACCAACAAUAACCAAAUGGUCAUUAAUUGUAGCAUAUGAUUUAUUUUCACUGAGAUAACCAAGUAUUAGUCAUAGCCCUAGAGGUUUUGACUAAUUCAUUUGUUGUUUUUUAAAAGAAGACAUCAGCUGCUAAACAAUAUGUAUCAUCCAUUUAUUCUUUUCUCUCUCUGUAUGUAUGCCUCAUCACUGGGACAUCAUGAUUAACAAGCUUCACAUCCUAAUGCAGAGGUGUGUGCAGUUUGCAGAUGUGAGUGCACUCAUGCAUGUACACCUUUUUUCUUGCCAGUGGAGAAAAGCUUGAACCUGCUUCAUAUAUCCAAUUUUUUUGCCCUAAUUCAUUUAUAUUUUCCUCCUUCCAGUCCUUUAUAACUCCACAUGGGCUCUCUCAGAGUGGGGGUUAAUUCCAUUUCAUUUUCUUUACCACCACUUUCUUCCAUUUUCAAUCAAUGUCGAAUUCUACUUCAGAACUCUCAGCAAUUUAAAUGGGUUUGACCCUGCUUCGGCCCCAGCAAAUGAGCAGAGGAUGUGUGCAUGUGGCACAACAUUGGCUUUUGCUUUGUCUGACCUCACUGAAAUAUUUUGAAAUCAUUUUGCAGGGCAGCGCUUUGAAGGAGAAACUAUGAGCGUUGGAAUGUGUGUUUGACUUUAUUCAGGGAAUCUUUUACUCUCGGUCGGGCCGGUGGGGAUGCUGCGUAAUUGCAUGUAAUUCCAUUACAGUUAAAUUUGAGUCAGCAGGCAGUCAGCAGUCACAUUUCUUUCCCUCAAAGCCAACUAGGCUCACAACACCGUAUUAAUCAAAAUGAAUGACAGGAAACUAUAAGUAGCUACUGAACUCUACUGCUAAAUCAGAAGGAACAAACUGUUUGAAUGCACUGAUUAUUUUUUGUGAUAAGUAAGGAGCAACAGCAUCAAUUGAUUUGUAGAUGACUGGCUGUGAAAAAAUUAGUAUGGAUCUGAUUACGAGGGUUACAUCUCUUUUUUCCAGACUCCAAAGCAGCAUCAUCCCAGUGUUAUUGUGUUUGUUGUAGUUCAAAAGCACUUCAGAGGAAGUGUGUUAAUCUGUGUGAGAUACAACGAGAUUCUCCUCAUAGAUCAUAAUUAUCAAAGAUUGCUGUGAUCUUAAUGAUUAUCACUGCAGGACGUCUCUGUGGAUUUAGAUGUGUCGCUAGAUAUCUGGGUGGAUGUGUCAGUGUGUUUAUCUUUGAAAAGUGUUUUCGCCGAUCCCCAUGGGUGUGUUGUUGUUUGCGAGUGUUAUGUGGAGCAGCUUGAUUCGUCUCUCCCUCCCUCCCCCUCAGGCCCCCCCACCCCCGGCUAUGACAGCUCAUCCAUUUGAGUUAGUCGAGCAGGCUGGGCUGCGGUCCUAUUGGUAAUUGCCUCUGAAAUGAAUUACUUGGCAGAGAGUGAGACUGAGGUAGGAAAGGAAAUUGUAAUUGAACUGCCCCCUCCUUCCUCCACUCUCCCUUAUGCCUCAAGUUAUUACAUCUGCAGUGCAGAAAGCUGUUUUUGUCUGCACAUAGACACAUAGAUGCAAAAAUACACACGCUCUUACAAAACCAAUUUCCCCCUCCCCCACGCAAUGGCCUCAGCAGAGGACCAUAUUGAUGCAGGGUGAUUUCAUAGAUUGAUUGUUCACGGGCACAUGCACACUGGGCCACACUUCACUCUUGCACUGUUUUUUUAACACUAUAUUUUGUAUUGUUUUUACAAAAAGUGUUAUAAAAGGAAAGAUAAGAAAAAAAACAAAACAAAAAGGAAACAAAAAGAUCUGGAUUGACAUUACACACAAACAUUGUUCAUUUCUCCCAGUUCUCUUGACACCGCCUAUCUUGGAUUUUUAUCCUUUUCUUUAACAGUUCCAGAUCAUAUAUUUCAUUCAUAUUUGUCAGCCAUUCAUCACGUGUUUAUGGUUCAGCCUUGUACCACCUCGUAAUGAUGGCCUUAUUGCAAGCUGCCAACAUGAUUUUCAGUAGAUAUCUGUCUUCUCUCAACACAGUGCCCCCUGUCAUAUUGCCAAAAUAUAGAACCAAACAUGACCUUGGUACAUCAUAGCCCAGGAAUUUGAUAAUAGCCAUAUGAAUGUCUAUCCAAAACUGUACAAUUUCAGGACAAAGCCAAAAUACAUGGCUAUGACUCACAUUUGCUGCCCCAAAUCUUCUCCAACAUUAUUGUGCAAUUUGCUCUCAAUCUGGGUUGUCAUAAAGAAUCUUAUUAUAUUCUUCCAACAGUGCUCUCUCCAAGUACAUGCGGAUGUUGUAGAGUGUUGUGUUCUCCAAAUAUGCAACCAUUUAUCUUCUAUAAUAUUAGCACAUGGUUCAUUUUCCCACUUCAGCUUCACAUUUAGUGUUGUAUUCACUCUUGCACUCUUAUUUAUAGCAUAGAGACAAAUACUCUGUGUUUGUGUUUGUUUGUAUUGCACUGAUUCCCAGCUGCCCCUAUAAGGGGUGCCCUCUCAUUGGCCUUUGUGUAUUGCUAACGGGGCUGCAGGUCACCGGAGUUGGCAAAAACAAAUGUGGUGUUCAGUAUCAACAGACCCCUGGUUACCCCAUACACACAGCUAAGCAUCGUUAUUAAUAACCUGCCUGUUGCUGGACUGUUGACAGUUAAAGCCAGAUGGAUUAAAGAGCUGCCUCUCAUUUUGUUUGAAGUUGUACAUUUAUACAGAGACUCUGGAAGCUUCCUUUCUUUAUUUGGCAAUUGUAUAAAGUGAUUAAGAGAUGUAAGUCCAGUUUUGAUCCAAAGUUAAUCAUUCAAAACAUGGUCAUUCACUCUUAUGUUGUCCUUUGACCUUUUAACAGCCAGGGCAUGGAAAGAGGAGGAGUGUGUCAACCUAUCCCUGCCCUGGCCAGACAUGCAUAUGUUGUGACUCCAGCCACGGCACACAAUAGGGUCUAUUUCUGUAAAUGCACUAGGGUUAUCACUCUACUUACCCUAAGCUAUCUCUCCCCUCUCUGUCCCUCCCUUUCUAUCUAACACUCUCACCCAAGUACUCUAAAAUCAUG